AUGCCGUCGUCAUUCCCUCAAUCACCCAUCCAGCAACUCCAUGUGCUAGAGAUGAACGAAUUUUUUGAAGAAAUUGAUGGAGACUUCAACUUUGCGGGAACACUCAUCGUCUAUGAAGACGAAAAUGAAAUGCACCAUGCAGUGUUGGAAGACCGCUGCACAUCGCCUUCGGAUAUCCGCCCAGAUCUCCUCAAAAACGAUAUCCAAAUUCCGAGAUCUGCCUACAGCCCUGAAUUUCCAUCGAAAUUUACGCUCGCGCCCGAGCCGCUGCCGAUCAAUUCUUACAUAAAGAAAGCCUCGUUGAUCUCUUAUGAUAGAAUUCGCGAAGGCCCUCAACCAGACUUGAUUGCGAAGUCUGUUCUGAUGGAAGCAGAAACUUGUGAGGUUUUGAGAAAGCACCCGCAUCCAAAUAUUGCUACCUACUUGGGCUGCCAGGUUUCCGAUGGCAGAAUCACUGGCCUUUGUUUCGCCAAAUACCAACGCACGCUGAUGCAAGAGGUCAAUCCCGAAAAUUUGACGAAGCGACAAUCGAGACGCUCACAUCAAAUGGUCAAGGAUUACAAUCCUGUGCUAGCUGGAAUUCGAAGUGGUCUUGGACAUCUUCAUUCCCUAGGGCUGGUCCAUAACGACAUCAACCCGAGAAACAUCAUGUUCGACGGUGAACAAGCAGUCAUCAUUGAUUUCGACACUUGCCGGAAAAUCGGGGAGGAUCUCGGAAAUGUCGGUUGCACCUAUGAAUGGUGUGAUGAAACUACAAAGCAGUCGGUUGUUGAGAACGACCUUAAUGCUUUGGAAGAAAUCCGGAUAUGGCUAUGUGACGAUUCAAAGGAAUUUCAAUUUGAUGAAUAG